AUGGUGGAAGUGGUGGCUACAGCAGUGGCGGAUAUGGUGGAAGUGGCGGAUACAGCAGUGGCGGAUAUGGUGGAAGUGGUGGAUACGGAAGUGGCGGAUAUGGUGGAAGUGGGGGAUAUGGCAGUGGCGGAUAUGGUGGAAGUGGCGGAUAUGGUGGCAGUGGCGGAUACGGCAGUGGUGGAUAUGGUGGAAGUUGCGGAUAUGGCAUGGGCGGAUAUGGCAGUGGUGGAUACGGCAGCUAUGAUGGUGGAUACGGUAGCGGUGGAUAUGGUGGCAGAAGUUAUGGAACCAGAAGAAUUAUAUACUCUGGAGGCCGCAGAAGCGGAUAUGGUGGAGGCGGCUACAGCAGCAGGUCUUAUGGCGGCUCCUAUGGUGGAAGCUUGGCGCUGCUGCCUAGUACCACAUGCUACACCUGCUACUGAACCCAGAGGAAACAGCCCAGAACUCACGGGACAACCGCAGAAACAAAAGACGAUGAACCCAAAGCUUGAACUUGCAGGAGUGGACUUGGGGAAACCCUUUGCCUUCUGUCGCCUGCUGAUGCAAGCUUCGUGA